AUGGAUGGUUGUCUUUUCUCUGUUCUUAUAGAUGAAUCCCGUGAUAUAUCCGUGAAAGAGCAAAUGGCCGUGGUUGUGAGGUAUGUGAACAAAAGUGGAGAUAUUAUUGAAAGAUUUUUGGACUACGAGGGCAAGGUUGCAGCUGAUUGUUGUUGCUUUAUCGAGAUGCUGCAAGGUCUUGAGGAUUUCUUUGAUGAUGUGAAAGAGAUUGCCAAUCUCUCUAGUUCAUCUUGUAGGGGGAAGGAUAUAUUGCUUCAUAAGCACAAAGAGAUUCUUCUAUCUAAGGUCAAGAAAGCGAUAGAAAUUUUGAGCAUUGUUGAGUAUGAUUCUCGUAAUCCAACUAAGGCGGGUGGAUAUGUUCAUAAAAUGGAGACUUUUAGUUUUGUGUUCCACAUGAAGAUGAUGUUAAGAUUACUUCGUAUGACAAAUGAUGUAUCUCUUCUAUUGCAAAACAAGGAUCAGAAUAUUGUGCAGGCCAUAUCUUUGGUUACGGAUGUGAGAGCACUUUUGGUCAAUUGGAGAGAUCAUGGUUGGGAUUCACUCUUGGAAGAUGUCAAAUCAUUUUGCAUUGAAAAUGAGAUCAUAAUCCCAAACUCUAUUAUCACAGAGUUUGAUCAUCGAUUUAAUGAGGCAUCUUCAGAGGUUAUUCAGAAUUUCUCUUGUGUUGAUCCGAGAGACUCAUUUCCUAGGUUCAAUAGAGUUGAAGAUUUCAGAGUUUGUAUUGACAUUGCAAGCCUAGCUAAAAAGAUGGUUGAACUUGAAAGGCACAUCAUGUUUCCUACAGUUUACCGCCUUAUUGAGUUGGCAAUGCUUUUGCCGGUGGGGACGGCAACAGUUGAAAGUGCAUUCUCAGCUAUGAAGAUUAUCAAGACAGAGUUGCGCAACAAGAUGUCUGAUGGUUGGCUUAAUGAUUUGAUGGUGUGCUACAUCGAGCGAGGGAUAUUCAAAAGUCUUGAUCUUGGUGAAAUUAAAAGAUUUUCAAAAGGAAGGUAG